AUGGAUAACUUAUGGCAACGCAGGUCGAACUCCAACAAGCUCUCUCUCUCAGGUAUCAAUGCAAGCACCAAAGACGAGAGCAAGACGGGAGGGCCGAAGACGUAUCAACCUGCCAAAAGAUUUGACUCCUUUAGCUCCAAAACAAACCCUCUGAACGGCAUUACUCCGCUCUCUACCAACAAUGUCGCUUCCCCCACAAGCGGUGCUUCCUCUGCAUUCGGCCUAGGAUCAGGCGCUUUUGCAUCUUUUGGUACGUCCGCAAAGACGCCGAAGACUCCUGGAUCAGCGCUGGAUUUCAGCAACUCAGUUGUCACAGUUGACAAGAAAGACAAAGAGCCACCGAAAGGCUCAAACGGCAUUGCGGUGAAGCCUAAGGCAUCAUUGACGUCUAUAACAAAUAAGACACCAAACACUUCCUCCGAGCAUCUAAUCAAAUACACUUGGGUCAUCUGGUAUCGACCCCCUACAUCGAAAUAUCAGGACUACGAAAAAUCCACUAUUCCGAUCGCUCAUUUCUCAUCUGUUGAAGCGUUCUGGACGGCAUAUUCGCAUCUGAAACGCCCGUCGAGCUUGCCCUCGGUUUCUGACUAUCACAUCUUCAAGAAAGGCGUUCGCCCGGUUUGGGAGGACGAAGAGAACAAAAAGGGAGGGAAGUGGAUUGUUAGGCUAAAGAAAGGUGUAGCAGACCGCUAUUGGGAGGAUCUCUUACUCGCCGUUGUUGGUGAUCAAUUUGCCGAAGCAGGUGAAGAAGUUUGCGGGGCAGUAUUGAGCAUCAGGAGUGGCGAGGAUGUUCUCAGCGUGUGGACUAGAAUUGAUGGUGGGCGCAACAUCAAGAUUCGUUCUGAUUACAGCGAGACUAUCAAGCGCCUCCUCGCCUUUCCACCAGACACUGCCAUAGUCUGGAAGAGUCACGACGACAGCAUCGCGCAGCGCUCCGCAAUUGACCAGGCGCGACAAGACAAACACACUGGGAAUGGCCAGCAUCAUGGCCAUAAUAAGAGGCGGGAUACCAUCACUGAAGAGGCCUUGUCGGAGCAAGCUAAAGAGACAUGA